AUGAAGAAGCUGUGUGCUUUCACUGUUGCCUUUUGGUUCCUGUUGUUUUCUCUCAUCUUGUGCAGUUUGACUGAACCCAAUUGCUUUUGGAGGAUAAAGAAUAGUGAAGAUAAUGAUGGAGAUUUGCAAAAUGACUGUGGUUUUAUCCUUUUUACAUUCGAGGGACCUAUUGAAGAAAAUUUUUAUAAUAAACUUCUUAAUUACAUUAAUUUUAGAAUACCAGCAAGAAAAUACGAGUUUUUUCUGGUUAUGUUUUUUGCUACUGAUGAGAUCAACAAGAAUCCUUAUCUUUUAUCCAACAUGUCUUUGCAAUUUUCCAUCAUUUUUGGCAUGUGUGAAGAUACAUUGGGAAUUGUGGAUGAAGUAUAUUCACAAUCAAGCAAAGGUUUGGCUUUUACUAAUUUUAUGUGUGGAAUGGAGCCAACUUGUAAUGUACAGCUUACAGGACCAUUAUGGACAACAUCCUUAAAACUGGCACUUAUUUCCAAAGUUCCAAAGAUCUUCUUUGGACCAUUUAACCCUAACCUGAGUGACCAGGACCAGUUUCCCUAUGUCCAUCAGGUGGCAUCCAAGGACACGUGUUUGUCCCAUGGCAUGGCAUCCUUGAUGCUUCAUUUUAAAUGGACUUGGAUAGGACUGGCCAUUACAGAUGAUGACCAAGGUAUUCAGUUUCUCUCAGACUUGAGAGAAGAAAUGCAAAGGCAUGCGAUCUGUUUAGCUUUUGUGAAUAUGAUCCCAGAAAACAUGCAGCUAUACAUGGCAAGGGUUAAGAUUUAUGACCAACAACUUAUGACAUCUACAGCAAAAGUUGUUAUCAUUUAUGGUGAAAUGAACUCUACUCUAGAAGUCAGCUUUAGGAGAUGGGGAAACUUAGGUGUGCAGAGAAUCUGGAUCACAACCUCGCAAUGGGAUGUUAUCACAGAUAUAAAAGAUUUCAGCCUUGAUUUCUUCCAUGGGACUGUCACUUUUGCACACCGCCACAGUGACAUUGCUGAAUUCAGAAAUUUUAUGCAAACAAUAAACACUUCUAAGUAUCCAGUAGACAUUUCCCAGUCUAUGCUGGGGUGGAAUCAUUUUAACUGUUCAAUCUCGAAGAACAAUAGCAAAAUGGAUUCUUUUACUUUCAACAACCCAUUGGAAUGGUUAGCACAGCACACAUUUGACAUGGUCCUGAGCGAAGAAGGUUACAAUUUGUAUAAUGCUGUGUAUGCUGUGGCCCACACCUACCAUGAACUCAUUUUACAACAAGUACAGUCUCAGAAAUUGGCAAAAGACAAAGGAGUAUUCACUGACUGUCAGCAGGUGGCUUCCUUGGUGAAAACCAGGGUAUUUACUAACCCUGUUGGAGAACUGGUAAACAUGAAUCACAGGGAAAAUCAGUGUGUAGAAUAUGACAUUUUCAUCAUUUGGAAUUUUCCAGAAGGCCUUGGAUUAAAAGUCAAAAUAGGAAGCUAUUUUCCUUAUUUCACACAGAAUCAACAACUUCAUAUAUCUGAAGACUUGGAAUGGGCCACAGGAGGAACAUUGGAGGUAUGCCACAAUUGUCCCUCCUCCAUGUGUAGUGUGACAUGUACUGCUGGAUUCAGGAAAAUCCAUCAGAAAGGAACAGCAGACUGCUGCUUUGAUUGUGUCCAGUGCCCAGAAAAUGAGGUUUCCAACGAUACAGCAGAUAUGGAGCAGUGUGUGAGAUGUCCAGAUGAUUCAUAUGUCAACUUAGAGCAAACACAGUGCCUCCAAAGAACUGUGUCAUUUCUGGCUUAUGAAGAUCCACUGGGCAUGGCUCUAGGCUGCAUGGCCCUGUCCUUCUCAGCCAUCACAAUUCUAGUCCUAGUCACUUUUGUGAAGUACAAGGACACUCCCAUUGUGAAAGCCAAUAACCGCAUUCUCAGCUACAUCCUGCUCAUCUCUCUAGCCUUCUGUUUUCUCUGCUCAUUGCUCUUCAUUGGACAUCCCAACCAGGCCACCUGCAUCCUGCAGCAGACCACAUUUGGAGUAUUUUUCACAGUGGUUAUUUCUACCGUGUUGGCCAAAACAAUAACUGUGGUUACAGCUUUCAAGCUCACUACUCCAGGGAGAAAGAUAAGAAGGAUGAUGAUAAAAGGGGCAAUUAACUUUCUCAUUCCCAUUUGUACCCUAAUCCAACUUGUUCUCUGUGGAAUCUGGUUGGUGACAUCUCCUCCCUUUAUUGACAGAGAUAUACAAUCAGAACAUGGGAAGGUCAUCAUUAUUUGCAACAAAGGCUCAAUCAUUGCCUUCUACUUUGUCCUGGGAUAUUUGGGCUCCUUGGGUCUGGGGAGUUUCACUGUGGCUUUCUUGGCUAGGAACCUUCCUGACAGAUUCAAUGAAGCCAAGUUCCUAACAUUCAGUAUGUUGGUGUUCUACAGUGUAUGGAUCACCUUCCUCCCCGUCUACCACAGCACGAGGGGGAAGGUUAUGAUAAUUGUGGAGGUUUUCUCUAUCUUGGCUUCUAGUGCAGGGUUACUAGGGUGUAUCUUUGUCCCAAAAUGUUAUGUUCUUUUAGUUCGACCAGAUUUAAAUUUUCUUCAGAAAUAA